AUGUGUGAGAAAGCUAAGAAACUGGUGAUUGGAAACUGGAAAGACAACGAAACCGAUGCAGAAAAGGUUCAGAAAAAGCCGUUCCUUAAGGGUACGAAGUCUUCGAUUUGGGGCUCCAGCGCUUCGGACAUAAGCGGUCAGUCCAGAUCUUUAAAAUCCUCAAGCUCUGUCUUGUCCUCCAAAUUCGUUACGAAAAGGCUUUUCACAAUACAACACGGAAUUGAGGGACAGAAACCAAAUUUCAAAAUCAGGAGCGAGAGUUUCAGUGGUCCGCAUUCUGCUGGCGGAUUUUCCAAGUCUACGCGCGAAUCCCGGUCGAAAAGCAGGAGCAUGGGUAAUGGCAAGUUUAGAGGAAAAUCCCAUUUGCGGUCCAGUUCUGAGUCUGCUCAUUCUUCCGGAUCCGAAUCGAGUUCAUCCGAUUCCAAUUCCGGCUCGUCAUCCGAUUCGGAUUCCACUACGGGAUCAAGUUCUCACGGUAGCGAUACGGGAGAGAGGCCACGCAUGCGAAGCGCUGUUUUUCGCAUUCAUGAAACUUGGCAAUCGCCAAAUUCUUUCAAGGCCGUGAAAACCUCUCGUGAAAAUAAAGAAUCAAGAAGCAGGAGCAGCAGUCUACCGCAAAAGCGCUUUUGUCCUUCGAAGACCCAAAAUGAUCUGACGUACGGGAGUCCAGAACCCAAAAGUCCGUCCAAUCGCGGCCGCAAUUCGUGGAGGGUCGGAAUGCGCACUCCCUGGAAGAAGAGUCAAUCGAGGAGCAUGAGUUGCAGCUCCAUUCAAAAGAUUUUGGUUAGCCGCUCCUUCACCAGAAGCCGCAGUCCCCAUCGGAAUACUUUGUGUUAUCAGGACCAAUCCAAAAACCCAAGCCGCCCUAGUAAUUACAAUACCUGGAAGCAGCCGAUGGAUGAGGUGUAUAAUAAUGCCGCUAAUUAUCGGAAACGCCACAAUAUCACCUUGACCAGCUGGAAUAUGCGAAACCUUCCGGAGCCUGUGCUGAGUUUCGAGCGCAGCGGAUUCAAUGCAACCAUAUUACAGCAACUGGAGGAUCAAGGCUAUGAUGGGCCCACGCCCAUUCAGGCACAAACAUGGUCGAUUGCCAAGGAGGGCAAAAAUAUUGUGAUGAUUUCUGGAAAGGGUACGGGUAAAACAUUGGGCUAUCUAUUGCCGGGCAUAAUGAAGAUGCACAAUCAGCGCGGAUUAAUGCAGCACAAGAAAGGACCGAUUGUCUUGAUAUUGGUGGACUGCCGUGAGGCUGCUGUCAUGGUCCAAAGAGAGGUAUUGUACUAUACAAAUCCUCUCGAGCUUAGGACGCAUUGCCUCUUGGGCAACAGUCAAUGGCAAGGUCAUGCCGAAUGCGAUCUGCUGGUGGCCUCUGCUGGUCGCCUGCUUCAAAUGAUUGAUAACAAAAAACAUGUUGUAGAACUGGAACGCUGCACAUAUUUGGUUCUGGACAAUAUUGAUCGCAUGAUUGAUGUGGGCUUAGAGGGUAACAUUUGCCGACUACUAUGCCGUCUACGUCCGCAUGCCCAAUUGAUCGUCAGCAGCACGUCGUGGUCAUCUAAUCUGAAACGGAUGGCCAACAAGUUUUUGGGCCAAUACACCGCAAUUCGCGUGGGUGAAAUAAACAAUAUAGGCGUGCGAUUACAAAACAUCCGCCAGCGGGUGGAGGUAGUCAAUGGGCUAUCGAAAGUAGAACGCCUUAUGAAGGAGCUGACUGCUAUUUACGAUACAAGCGAUAUUCCCGGUAAGGUGGUGAUCUAUGUGAAGCGCCAAAAGGUCGUGGAAGAACUGGUGGAUUUGAUCCGGAAUUGUGUACCCUGCGAGGGCAUCCAUGGUGGACGCACUGCCCAAGAAAAUCAAGGAAUAAUCCAUGAUUUUGGCACUGGCGCCUACAAUAUCAUUGUGGCCACGCAAAUGACAUCGAACUGCUUGGAUGUGCCAGGCAUUCGUUAUGUGAUCAAUUAUGAUUUCCCGGACAACAUUGAUAAGUAUGUUCAACGCAUGAGCAGAACGGGAUGCCUGUCGUAUAACCGUAACUGCGAGGUCAUCAGCUUCUUUACCAUGGCAAACUACAAGCUCGUGACGGAAGUGGUCGAUUUUCUUAAGAUCUGUAAACAAGAAAUUGGACCGCAUCUUCUUCAGCUCGCUGAAGAAAAGAUGUUUGGUCCCCGUCAACGAAGGCGCCAUCGUCCGCAACGCUACAAUCGCAUGCAUUAG